AUGAAAUUCGAUAUGAAAGGGACAAAUGCUGUACAGAGAGAAAGAAAUAUAACAAACUUAUCAAAGAUAUAUCAUAGAAAACUUGAAACACUUUUGAUUUAUAUAAAUAUUCCAAAAAAAAAGAAAGAUUAUAUAUGUUAUGACGAUUUCUUUAAUAAUAUAAAAGAUGUAUGUUCUUAUAUAAAUACAAUAUCUACAUCUGAUGAGGUUGAAAAUGGUGAUAAUAUAUUGGGAGAUAAGAAUAUAAAAAUAAAUGCAGACAAGAAUAUAUUUAUUAAAAAUUUACUUAUUUUUUUAAACAACUUAAUAUCAUUGUAUCUUUCUAAAACCGAUUUAAUUGAUGUAUGUAUAAACAGAAGAGGAUAUAAUAAAUGUGGGUUUUAUGCAUGUGAUAAUAUAUUUUUAAAUAAUAUAAAUAAAAGUAAAUAUAAAAUAGAUGCAAAAAAUAAACAUAUUUAUUUAAGGGAAUAUUAUGAUAUAUUUUGUUCAGCAAAUUGUAUGAAUUAUAAUUUAUAUUUAAUUAAAGAAAUAAUUAAUAAUAAUAAAAAUAAUAAAGAAAAUGUUAAUCUCAAAAAGAAAUGUCAACUUAUUCACAUAAUGCUAUUAACAUUUUUCCCUUUUUUUAAACUCUAUGAUAUUAAUUUUUUGUUUAAUAAUAUUGAUCAAAUUCAAAUUGCCAAUAAUAAAAUUUCAUUUAUCAAUGGAGUUACAUCAGAAACAUUUGAAAAGGUCGACCUGUCUAAACCUGAUGAAGUUGACGAUGGCAAAAUGAAAAAUGAAAAUCCCAAACUUGAUGUAAAUAACAAACUAAAUGGGGCGACUGAAAAAGGAGAAACAAUUGUCAAGAAAAAAACUAAAUCUGUUAGCUUUAGUGAUGACAUAAAAAUGUUUAGAUAUUUUAAAGAUGAUUGUGUUAAUGAAUAUUCGAUAGAUAAAAGUUAUAUUGAUAAAAACAAAAUAAAAUCCGAGGCUUCAAAUGAUGUGCUUGAAAAGGUGGAGACAAAUGUCUGUGAUAAGACAGGUGAAGAAGUGCAAGAAAAGGAAGUGGUUGAAAGUGGAUCACCAAAAGAGGAAAGCAAUGAUGAAACAAACGAAAAAAUAAAUGACAAUCUAAAUCAAAAUAGAACUAGCGAAGAGCGCAAUGAAAAGAGAGAAGAUUUUGAAAAUAGUGAAAAGGGAGAAGAUUUUGAAAGUAGCAAAAAAGGAGAAAACAUAAAUGGCUGUUUACAUGAAGACGAAAUGAAUAAAAUAUAUGAACAAGUCAGAAAUUCUAUGAUUUUUAAUAAAAAAUAUUCGUUUGAAAAUAUAUGGAAACAAACAACUUUAGAUGGAACAAAAAUGAUAGGAUUUGAUUAUACAAAAGAAGAAAUGAUAAAUAGUGCUUCUCAAAAAAUGAAUGAAAUUAAUUUAAAGUUAAAUAAAGAAAAACAAGAAAAAAAAGUUAUUUUACUAAAUAGUUCAAGCAAAAAACAAACAACCUUAACAAGCAAUAAUCUAGCCAAAGAAAAUACGGAUGAUAAAAAAUCGAACAUCGAAAUGUUGGACUCAAAUAUUGUUCAAACGCAAUCAAAUUCAGAGGAUCCUCAUCAUGAAAAAAGUAGUAACCUAAAUGAAGUUUCGAUUUUAAAGAAAAAUACUAUAAAUCAAGAUGAAAAUAAUAUCGAAGAUGAGCCAAUUGCAGCAGACACCCAUGAUGAAUUUGAUAGAACAUGCAAACAUGAUGAUCCUUCUGAAGUUAGCGAGCCUUCCGAACUUGAUGAGGUUGAGAUGGCAGAAAUAGAAAGCAUAUUAAUGGAAAGGAGACAAAAAAUUAAAGAAGAAUAUUUUGAAAAUUUAAAAAAUCCGAUAUCAGCGUAUUUUGAUGAUCCUUGUGGCAUUACGGAAGAACAAGAAUCCGAAUGUUUCAAAGAAAAUGAUUUUGAAUCUAAAGUAGAUGUAAAAAAUAAAUUAUCCGAAGAAAUAGAAGAUGCUGACACUGUUGAAUCAGAGAUUUCUGAUGAUGAUACAUUAGAAACUGAUAUAGCAGAUGAUAAUAAAAAUGAUGAGGUAGUAACAAAUAAAUAUUUACAUAGUGCUAAAGGAGGAAAUCUUUAUGAAAACAUGUCAUUAUAUGUAGUAUUAUGGGAUAUAUUUACAAGUAAUAUAUCAAAAUAUACAGUAUAUUUUUUUGAAAAAAGUGAAUUUAUUAUUCCAAAAUCUAUUAACGAUGCAGAAAAAGAAAGAAAAAAUGAAUUUAUUAAUAAUAUUUCUAAAUAUAUACCAAUAUAUGUUAAUUUUCUUUCUUCAAUAAUUUUAAAUGUAUGUAGAACAUUUUUAUUUCAUAAACCUUUGCUACCCUUUAAAAAAGUGAUUUAUAAAUCAAUUAUUUGUGUUAUUGUUGUUGCAAUAAAAAAGCAUAAAGAAGAGUUAAUACCCAAAUGUGAGCAUAAUAAUAUUAAAUUAGCUGAAGAUUAUUUAAUUCAAGAAAAUAAAAUUGAAGGAGAUGAACUAAACGAUUUAUCCAUGCUUUUUUUUCAAAACAAUUUCUACUAA